ACUAGUUGUUGGUAAUUUUUUUUUGGUAAGGGCUACCAAUCGGCUAUAUUUUUGUGGCUUUUUUCCAUAUAAAUCGCAGUUUUGAGGGAAGACUUUUCCUAUAAAAACUAGAGACUAAAAACUAAGUAAAUACAGUCUGUACCGAGUCUUGUAGGUGAAAGUAGAAUGGGAUUUUUGUAUGAUCUUGGGAAGAGCAGCAGGGUGACCACACGAAGAAACUGACAGUUGGAUGUGGUCGGAAGUACCAAUACAAAGAUGUUUGCCCUUGAUCUGAGUACGUUCAAUCCACAAAAAUAUAUAUCCUGUUUAUAUCAGGCUCGGUUAUGAAAUGGCGGAUGGUGUAUUAUUGUUAAAAGUCUAUCGGAAAAGCGUCGUGCAGUGACUAUCGGGAAAAGCGUUUCAAUGUUUAUCGUGGCGUGCGAUCAGACGAUUCGCUUUAUGUGCGGUUCCCUCCACACAGUGCUAAUAUGGGGUGAAUGUAUUUGUGACAAAAAAAUCAUUGUUUGAUAGGAGUUCUGAGACGAUUCUUCUGAGCAGGGAUCUGGGGAAGAUUCAUGCACAACGGGUGGUUACGUGAUGGAAAUAGACGUUACUCCUGCUGGUAACACAGAUAUAAAUUCGUUUGCAUUAUGUCAUGUUGAGCAGGAAAAUUUUCAAAGUUCUCCUGUUGAUUGUACAGCCCCAGCGAGUGCAUUCGGCACCCAAACUGUAGCCAGCAAAGAUCCGCUCUCUACUAUCAGCAACAAGAAAACAAUCAAGCAUGCACUACGACAACAAGCUAAACGCCGAAAAAGGAACACCAUAGCGUCGAACAAUUCAUCAGCCUCUGUGCCCAGAAUCCUUGUCAAGCGACUGCCCCCGGAUAGUGGGAUUGAAGACAUCAACGCAGUGCCUCAAAUAUCCAGCAGAACUCCCACUAUGAAAGAAGUGUUAGCUUCAAUUCCUGGCUUCAACAUGAAGACCAGGAAACGCACCAACAAGAAGCUCUCCACUGCUGCCCAGUUGGAACAGACCAAAGCGGGCUGUAUUGACUUGGAAACCCCCGAUUCCAUUCUAGUGAACACGAAUUUGAGGUUAUUGCUGAACAAGGGCACUUUCGCUUCGUUGCCUGUUUUGUAUCAAAACAAACUCUCUCAACUUUUGCCACUCGUCGACCGGCAGCUAGUGAACAAUUCAACCGACCCCAAUUGUAUAGAGAUUAGUUCGGGGUUGAACAAUGAAUUCUUUGCUAGGGCUUGCCUGGAGUGGCAGGAUCGACUGGCUGAAGGCGAAUUUACGCCCGAAAACCAGCAGAAGCUGAAACUGGAAGCGGAUAAGGAGAGAAGUAAGCUGGACCCCUGGAAGCUCAAGCAUUUUGAGCCGAUUUGGGGCGACAGGAGCUUGUCAGGUAGUGACCCAAGUGGCCCCUGUCGGACUGCCAGCACAUCUCGCCCCUCAUUGAAAACCACCAUUAAGUUAAGGCCCUCAACCACAUCAGCCACUAGCAAAAGUAAAGCCCCUCCACUUCCUCCUCCUGUUAAGAAGCUGCGGACUGUCGGUGCGAUGACACGCUCAUGUACCAUCUUGAAAGAGGAGAUAUCCAAGCCGGUCAGUGAAACCAAAUCCCAAAUCCCCGAUCUAUUGCCCAUUAAGCAAGUUAAAAGCAAAGUACAAAGUGGAGAAGUUCAGCACAAGGCUGAAGAGGUAUUUGUACCGGAAACUGCAAAGGAUGAAUCAGAGGAAGCAAAGCCGACUCUUCCUAGUGAUAUUCCCGCUGUAGAAAUACACGAUAAUUGUAUAGUUAAUAUAAGUGAUGCUAUUUUAGAGAAUAAUCAGGAGACAAUCAUUAUCUGCAGAGAAGAUAUCACUACUGAAUCUGAGAAACGGCCUCGUUCAGCCAGUUCAGAUUCUUAUGAAAACUCGCCGAAACGCAGCAAGUCCAUGAGUCCGUUAGCUCUCUCGCCGGAACCUGCCGAUCGGUUCCAGAGCACUGAGCUCAAGGAUCCAUUAGAUAUAACGUGCGAAGCGCCCAGUGACGAUGAAAAAGUCAGUGAGCCCACAUUGGAAAGCACAGAGCCCAUCGAGGAGAUCUAUGACAAGGACCGAAUAAUUGAUGAUAACAGCAGCAGCUCCUGCAGCAUGCCUGCGCACAAUUUGGAGGAAACCUCCAGUAGUCAGGUAAUUGAAACCGUCGAUUCCUUGCAACUGCACAUGAACUACAUAGAUGAGGAAGCCAAUGAGAUUAGCCAAGUGGACGACAACUCAUCCAGCACAUCAGCAACCAGCAGCAACACGGACGUUAAAUCGGAGCAGGAAUCAGAAAUGACUCAGGACCAGGACGACACAAUGACAUCCAUCCCAGAGGUUUCCGACAACGCUCCAUGCGAAUCCGAAACGAACCUGCCUAGCAUUAGUUCACAAGAAACCAACAGCAUGGAGGAAAGCAAGGAGAGCUUCAGCGAAAACAUGCAGACUUUGAGUAAGUUUUGUCACUCCUCUGAACAACAACCGGAGGAGGCGCCCGAAGAACUCGCAGCUGAAACCAACUUGCCCCAAAGUUCUGAGCCUGACAACACCAUCGAUGCUAUCCCGGAUACCUCAGAUCACGUAAUGGAAGAGGCUUUGCCGGAUAACUUCGAACAAUCUCAACAACCUGUUGAGAAAAUGGAGCAGCAGAUCCACGAAACGUUUCAAAUGCUGCCUAAUUCGCUGAUCAUCCAGCAAGAGUCCCUGGUGCUGCAGAAGCCCGAAUUCGUCGAAGACAUUAUUACAGAAGUAACGGCCGAAAAGCUGGAAGCUAGUGUGGAAGAAGCUGACUUGGUGAGCUUUGCUGCCGCCAAGAUUAUUCAGGACGACGAUGGCGAGGAUCGGUUUAUGGAUGCCGAAAAUUAUGUCCUGGAAUCCGGGCAAAUUACCGUAUCCACAUCGGAGAAGAGCAACAAAAAGUCCGAAGCAGAUGAGAUUCAAGCUACUUUGUUUGGCGAUGCUGUCACCACAGUUGCUGAAGAAUGUUGCUGGGGUUUGGUGGACUCGAGUACCGAAAAUUUACUUCAAGUUCCACCGCUGCACAGUUUGGGACAAGCUGUGAGUGUCCCAGUCAGCAUUCCGAAUGAUCUUGGUGCUGCUGAUAAUGUUCAGGUCAUUCCGAUGCAAGAAGAACUGGAAGUGCGUCUAGAACAAGGCACCUUUCCCGUUCCGAACGACUGGCCGUACGACGUGAAAAUGGACUCAGAAAUGGUAGAAGCCGCCCUUGGCCCUAAUCAGAACGAGGCCAAAGUCGACGACAAGCAAUCGCCAGUUUACCCCGACUACAGCCAAGUGAAGCUGGAGCUUGAAGUGACGCUCACUCCGGAAAUCGCCAGCUCCGAUACUCUGAUUACUAGCACAGUGACGUCGAACAACAACGACACAAAUCUGACUGGGAGCUCCGCUACAGCCAAGACUGUAACCACCGUCAUCCCACCGACUACCAUCGUCUGUCUGCCUUCGGCUGUUAGUACAGCCCCUAUGCAGAUCCCCGGCGAGACGGUUCAGUGCGGGCCGCCGAUCUCGCGGCCCGGAUUGGUGCAGAGCUCCAGCGCCCUGCCCUAUUUGGCGUUGAGCACCAGCCAGCCAAUCAGAGCAGUGCCCACUCAUAGCAAGAACAAACCAAAGACUAAUAAUAUAGCAGGUAGCCGGAAUCGUGCCAAUACCAACAAACCUCCACCCGGUGCGGUUAACCUGGAGCGCAGCUAUCAGAUAUGUCAGGCUGUGAUCCAGAAUAGCCCGAACCGGGAUCAGCUCAAGUGCCAGCUGAAGCCGCCCCCCAGCCUGCUGGCGGCGGCCGCAGUGAAUAAUAGUAAGAAGAUAGAUAACCGGCAAACUCAGUAUAGCUCAGUCACUUCAUCGCGAGGGAGUAAAACUUUCACCCCACCUCUGCCUGCAUCUGGAAAUUUCCAGACUGCAAGUAGGUAUAACAAUGGAAUUAAACCUUUGGGCCAGAAAGGGCGGCCGGGGCUUCCGUUCCAACAGCGCCAGGCGAGUCCGCCAGUUGUGGUGCGGCACGUUUUUACCACUUCCGGCCAGGGAAUUCCUGUCACGAUGGCGGUUUUACCUCAAGGAGCAGCGUUGAGUCCAGAAAUUGUUGAUGGUCAAAACCAAGUGGGAGCAGUCGGGCAGUACAUACUGGUGCAGCGCACUGGUGUAGUCGAUCAACACAACGUGCCGCGCUCCUCUUCAGCGCCGCCCGCUCAACAGCCCACCAUAGGCAAUGCGAUAAACACUGUGGGAAUGUCGCAGCUGAUCACUGGCAGAGGACGGCCUGCUAGUGUUGAAGCCGAUCAUCCAACCAUUCAGCAAAAUCAACCGAACGACUUUGUCGUCCAGUGUCCGAAUCCCGGGACGCAGGCGGUAACGAGGCGGCAGCGGUUGCCGCCAGGCGUAGUGUACGGCGAUGUAAGUAUAGAGAGUCACAUGAACAAUUACACCAUCAUUGGUGAGAAUGUGAUCGCCGAUCAUCCGGCGACGGUGAUGCAAAGCCAGAUGGUGAUGCAGCAGCCGAAGAACGAUUCGUGCGCCUGCAGCCUGAAGGCGAUGGUCGUGUGUAAAAAAUGCGGCGCCUUCUGCCACGACGACUGCAUAGGGCCCAACAAACUAUGUCGGACUUGCUUUAUCAGGUAGGUUAGAAAUUAGCAGGUUUUGUUUGUUGUUCAGCAGUCUUUCUAGAUUUAUUGUUACAUAUUUCCAAUAUAGUCUAUUUUUUCGUAUAGGCCCUAGCGGUGGCUGAAUCAAAUAUGUAUACUCAUAUUUUAUAACACGUUUUUUCAUUCUACAUUAUUAUCUGAAUAUGUGCUUUCUAAGCAUUCUAUUCGGAAGAUUUUUAUAAUUUACAUUUCAACUGUUUUUAAGUCAAAAGCUUGAUCGUUCCACUAAUGCGACUGAAUUAGCCAUUUUCUGUGAACAUCGCCAAUCGAACCACCCUAGUGGAACAUCAAAACAUAAUUUUAUCAGACUCCCAAUUCCAACCAGUAAUUUCUAUUAAUAUUUACAGUUAAAUAAAAGAAACAUUUAUUAGCCGCUUACUGGGUUAGUAAAGCGCUCAAUUAAAAAAAAACUCCUAUUCAAUUUCAAUUCAGUUCCAUUAAAGUAUCCAGUUUCUCAGAAAUAGAUGCGAAUCAGAUCUGGUUUAAGUAAAGUAGUUCGAAACCAUGUAGCAUGUAGGUUGUAAAUAGGUAGCAUGUCGAUAAAGCCCACCAACAAACAAAACCUUGAACGCUGUGGUAUAAUAAUAAUAUUAAUAUAUUUUAAGCAACUUGUAAGACUUGGUUUAGUGAUUUCGAUAGGUUUACAUGCUAGGUAGGAUUAUCAGACCUUAGAAACAGUUACAUUAAGGGUAAGAACGAAACGCGCACCUGGCUAAUUAAAUAAAACUGUAUAAUGAGAAACACGGAUAACCUGCAUCUUUUUCCGGGCAAUAAUUUUAAAACCCCACAUACGGUGGACGAUUUAGGCUUAGAUACGACUGGCGAAAAAGGUGCUGGCUACUAGGGAGGGACUUAAACUUAAUACUGACUUUACAUGAUAAGCAAUUAAAUAGUUGAGGAAACGUGAUAAGGCCAUUUACUAAACCUUAUUCAGUCUGUACCGGCGGUAUGAGUGCGUUGUAAAAAGGUUAAAGUUUAGAUUUAUCAGAAAUUUGCAUAAUAUAUUUAUUUAUAAUCGGAGCUGGACAGAACGUGGAUAAUUGCGGCCUGGAAAAGUGAUAGAUGUGUUAGGAAAAUCCUGUUUAAAACGGAUUGGACUAGGCUUCUCGAGAUUGCUCAGUAUUAUUUAUAAGAUAUUCAGGUCUUUUGGGCUCAAUUACCGCCUAUAGUGGAUGUUUGCAUGGUUGUGUCCAGUUCUGAAUUUACUCAGUCUAGUUGGAUAACGAUUGUAACACAAUACACUAAAUCCAUACGAGGAAAUUGCUGAACUCUUGAUUGUUAUCAUAGUUUUAUGCAAACUGGUUGGUGGAUAGUUGUUCUUUAAGCUUUAAAAGACUAUAAACCUAGUCCAAGCCACCGUUUCAGCUAAGGCGAAUAACAAACACAUCCAACAUGAAUUCCAUCCUUUUGCGGGAUGCGUUGUUUUACAUUUUUUAGCUACUUGGGUUUCAUAGAGGUCUUCCAAGCCUGGCGAAAUUCAAUUACAUGUUUUGACAUUUAAUUGAGGAUUUUAGUGCAAUAAUGCCAACGUCUCGAUCACUGUUUUGCGCAAAACACCAUUUAGCUUUGCUUUUUAGAUAUUUCUUUUAACUUUUAGAUUAAGGUGUGUAUAAUUAUUUUUCAUAAAUCUCAAUAGUUUUUAAGGUUUUCUGUACAGUUUUUUUUACUAUUUAGGUUAUUUAAUGUUCAUUUUUAUGUUUGUACAUAAACAGCGAUAUUCUGCAUUUAUUUAAGAAAUACACUAUAAAUGUGA